GGGUUGUAGAUACAUAAUUCUAUUUAUUUCCGUAUAAAAGAAGCAUGGCAAAAGUCGUCUUCACACCCUGGAAAACCCAGGCUCAAUUGCUCGCGGUGCGAGACCAAUUCUAUCCCCCGCCGUCCUAUGAUGGACCGGAUUUGCGCUCUCAGGCUUGCGCAAAGGUGUCGAUCUGGAAACUACGAGGAAGCCUUCCUCAUCCCGUCGAAGCAACGGCGUUAUUAACAGAUGCGAUUCUGCACGACGAUGCCGGGAAAAAUUCUGUCUUUUCUAUUCGCGCGACCUAUGCUGCUGCUUUUUGCCGAUUCGUGACCGGCCUUGUCGACGCUAAGAUCCCUGGCAUGAGAAAAACCAUGUUCCAGAGGGCCAUUGACCUCGGUCUUCCGGCUUCGUUUGUAGAGUUGCGGCACGAGGCUACACAUCGCGAACUUCCUUCGUUGAUUGUGCUCCGGAAUGCCACUCAGCGAUCUCUGGAGUGGUUGUGGGAUUAUUACUGGGCCAAGGUUGAUCUGCAUGCCACUGCUACUCCUCCGGUUUCAGCCCCGGUUCCAGCUGAUGCUGAGGAGAAUGGUGGCGAUGACCUAGGAGUCAAGGAGAGUAUUCGGGAUACAUUGAGUCCGUUGGCGAAGGGUGAAGAAGGUGAAGAACAGCAACCACCGAGGAAGAAACGCAAGGCUCAGUACCAGACUACUGCCGCGACACAGCUGGUGUCGAUAUGUAAGGCUUCGCGGAAGGGGGCUGUUGUUCUGUCGAGAGUGCUGUUGGAUGAGUCGGUGUUAGUCCCUGCUGGACGGAGGCUAGGAGACUCAUUACACGACACCUUUAUCAAAUGGGAGCAUCUCCUGCAAAUGAUCACGGAGAGCCAUUCUGCAUUCUUAUCAACCCUAACGGAGGAAAUGGUUAACGAUCUUGCAUUCUCGACGCAAACUAAAGAUACCAAAAAUAACGCUUACCACGAAGCAAUCUACACCUGGUUGGACCACAUCCUACGCUCGACCGAGUGGAAGUCCAGCAGACGGUUGCUUUCGUUCAGCUACCUCCUUGCUGCGUGCGAGGCAAACCCGAACCAUUGGACUGAUACGCUGAAGAAGGUUCUGUUCAAGGAGGAGGCGAAGAGGACUAAGGGAGCUGUUUCUGUGUCGACGCAGACGCAGACGCAGACUGAGGCAAUGAUUGUAGAUGGGAAUGCAGAUGCAGAUGCGGGCGCGCUGCGGGAGCUAGGGUGGGAAUCAUUGGAGUUGUGGGAUAGUCGGCCAUUGGUAUAUGCGAGUUCUCCAUGCGAACGAUAUAUCCUGCAGGCUGAGCCCCGGACCGGAAAGGGCAAUAACUAUGCCUAUCUGGUGACCGACGAACCGACAAAACAUUCCGUGAUUAUUGAUCCUGCCAAUCCGCCAGAAGUUGCGCCGGUGCUGAAUUCGCAGAUCAAAAACGGGACGAUCAAUCUUACUGCCAUUGUGAACACUCAUCAUCACUGGGAUCAUGCCGGCGGGAAUAAGGAGAUUCUUAAACAAUUCGGUACACUCCCUGUCAUCGGAGGAAAGGAUAGCGCAUCCGUGACGACGACUCCCAAGCAUGGUGAGACAUUUAAGAUCGGCGAGCGGAUUACGGUCAAGGCUCUCCACACCCCCUGCCACACUCAGGAUAGCAUCUGUUACUUUAUGGAGGAUGGUGAUCAGCGGGUGGUGUUCACAGGGGAUACCCUUUUUAUUGGAGGAUGCGGCCGUUUCUUCGAAGGAAAUGCCCAGGAGAUGCACAAGGCGUUGAACGAGACUCUCGCUGCGUUGCCGGAUGACACCAAGGUCUACCCCGGUCACGAGUACACAAAAGGAAAUGUCAAGUUCUGCAUGGCCGUUUCGGAGUCCGAGCCAAUCAAGAAGCUGCAGACAUUUGCGGCGCAGAACCAGCAGACGCAGGGCAAGUUUACCAUUGGUGAUGAGAAGUUGCACAAUGUUUUCAUGCGUGUCGAUGACCCCGAGAUUCAGAAAAAGACUAAGAAGACGAAUCCAGUGGAUGUGAUGACGGCUUUGAGAGAGAUGAAGAAUGCUAUGUAGGUUACAUAUUGUAUAUUAGUGUGAUAAUCGCAUGUGAGUUCCCAGGUGAAUGUUUAGCCUCGUUAUUUGAUAAACGUAUCAGUGGAUAUGAUGUUAUUCUGUAUGAUCUUCUGAGGUGCAUUUGAGUUGGACGGUACUUCGUCUCCCUAUCAUCGUCUUUCUAUUUACAUUUUGACCUAAGAAAAUGUUUAAACAUCCGAUAAGCAUGUAUAGGGAGUGUAUCUAGACCCCAGUGUCCUCUU